AUGAGUGCUGUCGAAGCUCAAAUAGCUCCAACUCCGCAACCUGAAGAAGAAAUCGAGGAUGGAAACGAUUCUGUAGACGUAAGUUGGUGUUUUCUUUCUUUUUCCUUUGGAUUUCAAGACUAUGAAUGUUAUAUUGAGCUGAUAUGACGCCGUUUUUGUUGGUUUAGGCACUUCUUCUGGGGCGUUGAUCAAAAAAUCGAUUUAUUAUCUAAAAUUUUUCGAUUAUUUAAAAAAAUUCUAUAAGAACACUUUUUGGAGAAACUAAGGAUUCUUGUUGUUUAGUCUCAAGGACCAUUGAUCUCGGCCGACUCCGUACUUAACCAUUCUUUUCCACUAAAGGAUGUGUGGCACUUUUGGUACUUGGACGCUAAGAAAAACUUGGAUUGGCUGGCCAGGUUACACGAUGUUUGUCAGAUUGAGAGUGUGGAGAGCUUCUGGGCGUAGGUUAAACUUGUUUUUGUUUGAAUUCUGGCUUUAGGUUGAUGGAUCAUAUCAGGCCGCCUUCAGCCAUGUUCAACUGUGAUUACGCGCUAUUCAGGGACAACGUUCAACCGGUAUGGGAGGUUGAUGAGAACAAAGAUGGAGGGAGGUUAGUGCUACAGGUAUGUGAAAAGUUUUUGCUUGGUUUGGGUUAUCUUUUUUUGUGAUGUUAACCUUUGGCAUCAAGGAGCUAAAGUAAUAUAAUUAAAAGUCAGAAUAAUAAGCUGUAACUUAAACUAAUGGCUUCUACUUCAGAUUCAAAAGAGUGAACUAGACUGUCUGAAUGAACUGUGGGAGAGGUUGUUGGUGGCUCUAAUUGGAAACCGGUUUCGGGAGUACACUUCUUCAGUAUGUGGGGCAGUCUGUAACAUCAGACAAAAGGGCUCGAAGAUUACGUUAUGGACGUCAAAAGCUGCUGAAAUGGAAGUUAACAAAUGCAUUGGGUAUGUUUUUUAAUUUUUUGUAUAAUUUUAGGCAUUUUGGGGCUUUAAAAUACUUUUUGCAAGAGGUGUAUUAUAUUCAUCAUGAUUGAAAAAUGAUGUUUUUUAUUAAAAGGAAAUGUUUGGAAAGUUUUCUAUUGUUUAUUUAUGGUAUUUUAGAGUAUGUGAAGCAAUAUCUUUAUAAUUUUUUAGUUUAUCAGUUGUUUUAUGCGCUAUAGAGCAUGGAUAAUAUAGAAGUAGUGCCUUUUUGCUUUAAAAUAGUCAAGCUAAACAUUUGUAAUAACAACUUGAUCAUUUCAGGACAAUUCUGCGGGAAGUAUGGGAAGAAUCACAUCCACAGUUUAUUCAUAAUCGAAAAAUCAAGUACGAAAGCCACGCGGACUCGCAAUCCAAGCAAGGCAGUGCCACUCCACACAAGUUCGAAUGUUAA